CUUCCACCGAGGCAAAGGCUGCUUUAGUUGAAGCUUCGCACACAGCUUCUUCUUCUUCUUCUGCUGCUGCUGCUGCUGCCGCCGCCGCUGUGACUCAGAAGUCCAGCACGAAUGGAGAUGGUAACACCAUGCUGCAGGCUACAAACAAAGCUGGAGAUGGCAGGUUGCAGGUAGUCAACGAGGAUCAGCAAUUCACUGAUCAAUUAUCCAACUAUCUUGGAAAAUGGGGCAUGAUAGACAAGGGCUUUGCCUACGAUGUGGUCGCUGUCUUUGGCUCCCAAUCUACCGGCAAAUCGACCCUCUUGAAUAGGUUAUUCGGGACGUCAUUCCAGGAAAUGAACGAAUCGAAGAGACAACAGACGACAAAGGGGAUCUGGAUGUGCCCUUCGGCAUACUCUUCGACCCUGGUCAUGGAUGUAGAAGGAACAGACGGGAGAGAAAGGGGGGAGGACCAAGACUUUCAGAGGAAGAGUGCCCUGUUCAGCUUGGCCAGCACCGAGGUGCUCAUUGUGAACUUAUGGGAGCAUCAGAUUGGGCUGUAUCAAGGAGCUAAUAUGGCUUUAUUAAAAACUGUGUUCGAGGUCAACCUUGGGCUCUUUGGAGGAGGUGGUGAUGAAGCCAACAAAGCAAAACCCAAAGAGAAGACCCUGGUAUUGUUCGUCAUCCGUGAUCAUGUCGGAGCUACCCCUAUGGAGAAUCUCACAGCAACUUUGACUCAAGACAUGGACAAGCUAUGGGACGGAUUAUCCAAGCCAGAACAUCUCGCCGAGGCUGCCCUCCAUGACUACUUUGAUCUCUCAUUCGCAGCGCUUCCUCACAAGAUUCUGAUGCCGGAGAAGUUUGAAUCAGCAGUCGUCGAACUGCGAAAACGGUUCACAGAUCGGUCCAGGGAGGACUAUGUCUUUCAGCCAACGUAUCAUAAGCGCAUACCAGCGGAUGGGAUAUCGUUCUACAUGGAGGGCAUCUGGCAACAAGUCCUCACGAACAAGGAUCUCGACUUGCCAACCCAGCAGGAGCUGCUGGCUCAAUUCCGAUGCGAUGAGAUUGCUGCUGGAGUCAUCGAGGCCUUUAGCUCAAGCUCUAAACCGGUCAGAAAGCCCGUCGAGACCGGUUUGGUCAUUCAGCACCUGGGCGCCAUGAUGAAUGAUUGGCUCCAUAUUGCAUUGGGCAAAUUCGACAAGGAUGCCUCAAGGUACCAUACCGGAGUCUACCAACGCAAGCGCUCUGACCUCCUCACCACGCUUCAUGCUUCCCUCUUACCGUUAUACCUCGGUCAAUUGAAGAAUCUCCACAAGCAAAUAUCUGCUCAAUAUGUCAAAGAUUUGACUGCCGGUCUUAAAGAGCCAAAUUACGACUUUGCCAAGGUCGUUUUAACGGCCCACGUCAAAGCCAGAGCAGACUUUCAGGCUGGUGCCAAAGCGACAAAGGUGGAUGAGACCAGCUGGACGGAUGAACAGGAGCUCGCUUCUCUUGAGGAGGAUCUCAAGGUGAUUGCGGACCGACUGAGAGCGGACGAGACGAAGAAGAUGGUCAAUGCGAUAGAGCGUACCGUCAGACGGCAUCUCGUUGAGCCAGUUGAGAUCGCCAUGAGCCAGCCCAAGCCAGAGAUGUGGGACGUCAUCUUGGAGACCUACGCCAAAGUUCUAUCAGAAGCUGAGGAGUCAUACUUAUCAAAAGCUCAGGGAUACAAUUGCUCUGAGGAAGAGAAUGAUGUCGCUUUGAUGUCCCUUCGCGCUCGGACAUGGCUGGUACUACGGCGCAAGCUCGAAGAGCAGGCCUCGGACGCAACGAUGCGGAACACUCUCCGGACAGCAUUUGAAGACCGCUUUAGAUAUGACGAUCAAGGACUACCUCGAGUAUGGAAGCCGGAUGAUGAUAUCGAGACUGCUUUCAAAAAGGCGAAAGACGAGACACUCAACCUUCUCCCUCUCUUUGCAGACAUUAAGCCCACAAAUCCCAAACUCGCUCCCUCCAUACCGACGCCGGAGCCCUCUUUCGAUGCUGAUGCCGAUCCUGUGUCGUUCGACGCGUCUACCGCCUUGAAUUUGCUGUCCCCCGCCAAACUUGUCUCGCUAGAGACACGAUUCAAACGAGAUGCCGAUGCUGCCUAUGUCGAGGCCAAGCGCAGCAUGGUAUCUUCCGUCGCUCAGAUUCCUCUGUGGAUGUACGGUGUCCUUGUCGCUCUUGGGUGGAAUGAAGCGAUGGCGGUUUUAUUUAAUCCUCUUUACUUUGCAAUGUUGCUUGUGCUUGGCGCCACUGGAUAUAUUAUCCUACAACUUGGACUGGCUGGACCUAUCCUUCAAAUCCUGAGGACGGUGAUUGCCGAGAUCCGCCGCAUAGCCGUCAACAAGUUGCGGGAAGCAUUUGCCGAAAAUCCGGAGGCUCAACGUAUCUUGUCCAAACAUGGUGUACCUGUUUCUUCAUCGCGGAACUUGUCUGAGACGUCGUAUAAUGCAGACAUUGGGACGAUGGAGAAUGAAGCCAAGACGAAGGGUGAUUUACUGGCCGCUCAAUAUGUAGAAAAGUAGAAUGAAGCAGCAAUAGCAGCAGCAGCUAUAGCGGCCGAGGCGGAAACGGGGGGAUGCCAAUUUUUGCGGCGGCCGCGUGUGAUGAUUGAUGACGUUUGGAUUUUAUUACGGCAUCGUAUCAGGUUUUGGUGAUAAUAAUCGUUCGAU